AUGGCAAGUGAUCAGAACGUGGCAGAUCAAAUGGUGAUAAACAAUAAUUUGACGUUGGGGGCGAGCCUCGGUACCGUACCACAGUCUUCCCCAGCCGUUACGAGGUCGCUGGAUCCGGAGUUUGAGGCAGAGGGUCCACCUCCAGGCUUUGACAACAUCACCACCGUCUCUUCCCAGACUGUGGUUACGAGUCCGUUUCUCUAUAUGCCCUCACAACUACAGUCAAGGGAACUGGGGGGAGCUAGCAGUAAUAUGUUCACCCCGACGACAACGACUAAUGCACAGGCCUCACGCCUCUUCUCCACCCCUGUCAUUACAUCGGCGAGCCCCAGCACCGUCGUGUCAGAGAUUAGUAUGCCUCAAUACUAUCAGCCGCUGGUUUCCAACUCAAUGCCACCGCUAUACUCAGCGGCGCUCACGGCGGCAUUGUCUACCCCGCCGCACCAGCCGGUCAUCAUGCCAGCCGGGGUAAUGAAUGCCCCUGUCACACCAGGAAACCAAGUAUACUUCCCGGGGUAUUGUUACGCACCCCCUUAUGGGUAUUUACCCUCAUACGGGGGUUCGGCGUACCCUCUCCAGGGAACCGCGCAAGGAAGCACUCAAUCGCCAUACGCGGCUUACAUGCCGCCAUGGUGGAAUGUCCCAACUCCACAACCAAUGUAUACCCAAGCUCCGACUGAGCCCAUGUACGACAGAAGAAACACGGUCAGGCCCCGGGCAACCCCAUUGGGAAACUCCAACCCAAUAGGGGGACCUGCCCCGGGUACGGACGCUCCACCGGCACAGCCGGUAAAUGUGGAAGAAGAUGAACUUACCAAACCGUACAAGCUGGUAGACGCGACGUUCCGGUCCAAAUUCAUUCGUAGGAUCGCCGAGGCUCCUAUCAAGGAAAAACCCAAAAUGCCCCAAACGGUCGGCAAGUACGAUGGUCUCGCCGAUCCGGAUGAUCAUCUCAACUUAUUCAAGAGCGCCGGCGAAGUGGCCUGUUGGUCCAUGCCCCUAUGGUGCAAAAUGUUCGUACAAACUCUAGUGGGAGCGGCCCGAGUUUGGUGGGACAGUCUGCCCACAGGAGAAAUAGACAGCUUUGAAGAUUUGGAACCAAAGUUUAUCCUACAGUUUAGUCAGCAGCGCCGACAUACGAAAGAUAGAAACGAACUCCUCCACAUCCGUCGUCGGGACAAUGAGACGGUAGAAAGUUUUAUUAUCAGGUUUAACAAAGAAAGCUUGGCGAUCCCAGGCGUGACGAAUGACCUGGCUUGUGGAGCUUUCCUCCAGGGAGUCAACGACGAUGAGCUAUUGAGAACGCUGCAUGGAAGGGAUGGUGUACCCCCAACCAUAGACGAAAUACUUCGAAUAGCCAAAGUAUACGUUAUACAAGAGAAGGCGAUGGCAGCCAGUCACGCAGCCAAUAGGAAGAAAGAAGCCCUAAAGAAUCAGGAGGAAAAAGAUUACCGGGGAUCCAAAAGCAAAAAUAGGGGGGACCGAUACCAGAGAAACGACAAAGACUCGCGAUACGACAGGCACCGAAAAUCCUAUUCAAGGAACGAGCCGUCGAAACCUCGGUCUGAAUAUCCCAACUUAAGCAAGACACCGGCUGAAAUUCUAGCCUCAGAAAACCUCAGGCUUAAUCCACCAAAGCCGUUGAAAGACAACCCUAACAAGGAUACGAGUAAAUACUGCGAGUACCACAAAGGAAGCGGGCAUGACACCAACGACUGUUUUCAGCUUAAGAAGCAGAUCGAAUACUUUGUGAAGUCAGGUAAGUUGGCACACUUAGUACGAGACAUCAAGCAAGGCCCGCCAGUGGUCAAGGAGGAGAAUGACAAAGCGGCAGGCAAAAGGCCGCGUGAAUUGAACAUGGUACACGCGGAUAUGGGAAGGGGGGCAAAACGGAGUUUCUCCACGCUCGAGCCUUGGAAGUUGGCAACAAUGACCAUAGAACCUCGAAUGGAGGAUUUGCACCUCACCAUAGAUGCCCUGAUCGUAUCCGCGGCAGUAGGAGACUACCGCAUGAGGCGAAUCCUAGUCGACACUGGGAGCUCAGAAGACAUUAUCUAUGAACAUUGCUUCAACAGAAUGCAACCAGAAGACAGGAAGUUGCUUGAAUCAGUACACGCCCCCAUCAAAGGUUUCACAGGGGAAAAAGUCGAUCCUAUUGGUCAAAUAACUUUCCCAGUAACCUUUGGGCAGUCACCCAAAGAAAGAACCAUACUACUAACCUUCCUCAUGGUCCGCGCUGAGUCAUACCACAAUGUGAUAAUCGGAAGAUUCACCCUGGGGAAAUUGGACGCCAUAGUCUCCACGGCGAGGGGUUUUAUGAAGUUCCCCACACCGCGAGGUAUCGCUACUGUGUUUCGUGAUAAAAUUGGAGAAGUACUAAGUACCAAACGGUACUGCCAUGGGCCCACCGGGGCCACGGGCCCAGAAAGAUGGGUGCUAAGCACACGCCAUCCAGAUCAAAUGGUCACAAUCGGGGACACUCUGUCCCCGGAAGUUAAAAACGACCUGAAGCAACUGUUAAAAAGAAAUGUGGACAUUUUCGCUUUCGAACACUCCGACAUGACGGGAGUCCCCCGUGAUAAAGUAGAACACAGGCUCGCCACACUCCCAGGCGUUAAGCCGGUUUCUCAGGGUAAACGCAGCAUGGCCCCGGACCGACGGGCGGCGGUUGUUAAAGAAGUACGAAAGUUAGUGGAAGCUGGAAUCCUCAGGGAAACACAAUACCAUACAUGGGUAUCCAACCCGGUUAUGGUAAAAAAGCCAGAUGGCACGUGGCGAAUGUGCAUCGAUUUCAAAGAUUUAAAUAAAGCGUGCCCAAAGGAUGCGUACCCGCUACCCGAGAUUGAUUUAAAGGUCGACUCCCUGAUACCCUACCGAUUCAAAUGUUUCCUGGACGCGUAUAAGGGAUACCAUCAGAUUAAGAUGUCUAAAGAAGACGAAGAAAAAACAGCGUUUCACACCGAUGUGGGCAUUUUCUGUUAUACAAAAAUGCCUUUUGGCCUAAGAAACGCAGGAGCUACCUAUCAGAGGCUAAUGGACAAGGUGUUCGAGACACAAAUUGGGCGAAAUUUGGAGGUCUAUGUAGACGACCUUGUAAUUAAAAGCAGCGAAGAAAAGCAGAUGUUAGCAGAUAUCGAAGAAACUUUUCAGAGACUUAGAGAAUACAACAUAAAGUUAAACCCAAAGAAAUGCUCUUUCGGGGUGGAAGAAGGAAAGUUCUUGGGUGUAGUAGUCACCCGAGAUGGCUUUAAAGCCAACCCAGAGAAGGUAGCCGCCAUAGCGCGAAUGCCUUCCCCACGAACACUGAAGGAAGCUCAAGCCCUAAAUGGGCGAUUAGUAGCGAUCAAUAGGUUCUUAGCAAGACACGCCGAAAAGUCAUUACCCUUCAUAAAAACGUUAAAAGAUUGCCUCAACAAGAAAAACUUCAAAUGGACCAACGAAGCCGAGCAAGCUUUGCAAGACAUGAAGCGUUUCAUAGAGAGGCUGCCCAUGCUGACAGCGCCAAGGCCCAAUGAAGUACUAAAGAUGUAUUAG